ACAAGCAUGGAGGCUAUAAAGACUUAAGAUGGAAACCAGAGUGUAGAGAAAGAAAGAAACGUUGAACAAAAAAGCAUGGAGAUUAAGACGCAACGACACAUAUCGGAGAACGAGAAGGAAGAGGAGCAACCACUUAGCCCAGCGGCCCGUCUUUUUCACUCGCCGGAGUUUAACUGCAACAUUAUAUCGGUGAUUGGUUUAAAGAGUAAGCUCGAUCCAUGUGUGAUUAUCAGAGGCUUUAAGGAAACUUUUAUCAGGCAUCCUCGUUUCUCAAGUAAAUUGGUGACCGAUGAGAAUGGACAAAACCAAAGAUGGGUUCGGACAAACGUGGUCGUCGAGGAUCACGUCAUUGUACCGGAAAUCAAACUUCAAAACAUAGAGAACACAGACUCGUUUCUCGAAGAUUACGUUUCUGACCUCAUGAAGAUCCCGUUGGACAUCUCGAGGCCAUUAUGGGAGCUUCACCUACUCGACUUGAAAACCUCAGACGCUGAAAACGUCGCAGUUUUAAAGAUCCAUCACUCGGUUGGCGAUGGUAUGUCAAUCAUGUCUCUUGUCCUCGCUUGUAUGCGUAAAACAUCAAAUCCGGAUGAGCUUCCUAGUCUCCCGUACCAGUACCGGUCGUCAUCAGGGUCAUCCCUGUUAACAACCGGCUCAAGAAGUGAUUCCCGGUUAUUGUGGCUGGUUAAGGUUCUCUGGACGGCGGUUAUAUUGGGUUUAAACACGAUUUGUGAUACUUUGGAGUUUAUUGUUACGACAUUGUUUGUUAAGGACACCGAGACGCCCAUCAAAGGUGAUUUCCGGUCAACGAAGAGUAAACGGUUGCGUUUGGUUCAUCGUACCGUAAGCCUUGACGAUAUUAAGCUAAUCAAGAACGCCAUGAACAUGACAGUCAACGAUGUUGUACUUGGAGUGACCCAAGCUAGUCUCUCGCAAUACCUUGAGAGAAGAUACGGAGAAAGAGAAACUAAGAGGAAGAGAAAAAAUCUGCCUAAAAGAAUAAGGCUAAGAUCAGCUCUGCUUGUAAACUUAAGACCCACAACUGGAAUCCAGGAUAUAGCCGAUAUGAUGGAGAACGGGUCCAAAUGUAGGUGGGGAAAUUGGUUCGGGUAUAUAGUAUUCCCGUUUUCUAUCGCAUUACGCGAUGACCCAUUGGAACAUCUCAAAAGAGCCCAGAAGAUCAUCACUCGUAAGAAGAACUCAUUCGGGGCAAUGCUAACAUACAUUUUCUGUAGAAUCAUUGUCAAAUUCCUUGGAAUUCAGUUGGCGGCUACUAUAAUAAACAGAAUGGUGUCAAACACAACGAUGACGUUUUCGAACAUGGUUGGUCCCGUUGAACAAGUUAGCUUCUAUGGACAUCCCAUCACUUACUUUGCCUCAAGUGGUUAUGGUCAUCCCCAUGCAUUGACGAUAAAUUGUCAAAGUUAUAUGAAUAAGAUGACAAUAACACUAAUCGUAGAUUCAACGGUGAUAAGUGAUCCUCAUCGGCUCUGUGACGAUUGGCAGGAAUCUCUCCGAAGCAUUAAAGCCGCUGUCCAGAAAAGAGGGUCUCUCGGUUUGUGGGAUUAUCUCAGGCUUCUCAGCAAUAGAAUGGCUUGGCUACUUUACCAAAUGGCUGGACUACUAUACAAAAUGCUUUGAUGCUAAAUUUGGGAUUA